GAUCACUUGGAUCUUCCAAGGCUCAUCUCCUUUCUAUUUACUCCUGAGGGGGCAUGAAGCCAGCUGCCCCCUGCUGACAGUCUAAACACAUUCAGCUCCCUAUCCAGGGCUGCGGUCUGAGGUUUGGGCUGCAGCCACCAGCACAGAGGAAAUGUCUUUCUUCAACUUUCGGAAGAUCUUUAAACUCGGCGGAGACAAGAAGAAAAAACAAUAUGAACAUGUCAAGAGGGAUCAGAACCCGGAGGAAUUCUGGGAGAUCAUAGGGGAGCUGGGUGACGGAGCCUUUGGGAAAGUGUAUAAGGCCCAGAAUAAAGAGACUGGCAUUUUAGCAGCAGCGAAGGUCAUUGAUACAAAGUCUGAAGAUGAACUUGAAGAUUACAUGGUGGAAAUCGAUAUUUUGGCAUCGUGUGAUCACCCAAACAUAGUCCAAUUACUGGAUGCUUUUUAUUUUGAAAAUAACCUUUGGAUCCUUAUUGAAUUUUGUGCAGGAGGAGCAGUAGAUGCGGUCAUGCUAGAGCUGGAGCGUCCAUUGACAGAACCUCAGAUCCGAGUGGUGUGUAAGCAGACCUUGCAGGCAUUGGUUUAUUUACAUGAAGCUAAAAUCAUUCACCGGGAUCUAAAAGCCGGAAACAUCCUGCUCAACAUUGAUGGUGAUGUGAAGCUGGCUGACUUUGGAGUGUCUGCUAAGAAUACUAGAACAUUACAGAGGAGAGAUUCUUUCAUCGGUACUCCUUACUGGAUGGCACCAGAGGUGGUGAUGUGUGAAACCUCCAAGGAUAAACCUUAUGAUUUUAAAGCUGAUGUUUGGUCUCUUGGCGUGACUUUAAUAGAGAUGGCUCAAAUUGAGCCACCACACCACGAAUUAAACCCAAUGCGAGUGUUGCUAAAGAUUGCAAAAUCUGAGCCUCCUACAUUAGCUCAACCUUCUAGGUGGUCGAGGGAUUUUAGUGACUUUUUGAGGAAAUGCCUAGACAAAAAUGUUGAUAACCGCUGGACUACUGCUCAGUUGCUACAGCACCCAUUUGUGUCAGUGGUUCACUCCAACAAGCCCAUACGAGAGCUAAUUGCUGAAGCUAAGGCCGAGGUUUUGGAGGAAAUGGAAGAAGCUAAAGAUGAGGAAGAAGAGGAUGAGGCAGAGACCUCUUUGCCUGUUCCAGACAGUAAACGGGCUUCUUCAGACCUUAGCAUUGCAAGCUUGGACGAUGAUAAACUUUCCCAGAAUGCUUCAACUCUAGAACCUGUUUCUGAAAAACCUGCAGCUGCUGAGGUUGAGGAUAAAGCCUCAAAUAAAGAUAACCUAUCCAAUGCUGCUAAAGUGAAGGCGGAGGAAACGCCUGACGUUCAGAAGCCUGCCAUUCCAGAAGUCUCCAGAAAAGAAAACGAAAUAGCAGAUGCUGAGAAGAGUGCCGUACCUGUGAAAGAGGAGAAUGUAACAGAAAAUAAGGAAGAUGUUGGUGUGGUAGUGUCUGUCUCAGCUGCUGACAGUCUACCCCAACCAGCAGAAGCACCUUCUCCUCCAUUAAUUGUUGAACAAGAAAAAACACACGUAAUCGAAGAUCAGCCUACACCUGCAGAGUCUGGAAAACCACAAGUAAUCGAAGAUCAGCCUACACCUGCAGAGUCUGGAAAACCACACGUAAUCGAAGAUCAGCCUACACCUGCAGAGUCCGAAAAACCACAUGUAUUCGAAGAUCAGCCUACACCUGCAGAGUCCGAAAAACCACACGUAAUCGAAGAUCAGCCUACACCCGCAGAGUCCGAAAAACCACACGUAAUCGAAGAUCAGCCUACACCUGCAGAGUCCGAGGUGAGACAGCCUGUCCCCAAAUCUGAAGAGGAAGAAAUUAAAAAUGAGAAAGAAGCAGAAGGUGCAAAACCUGUAUGUGUGCCAAAUCAUGAGAAUGAGACUACAGAUCAGGUUCCUAAGAUAGAGCUUAAAGAGGAGCAGAAACCUGAACCUCAUGUUGUGGAAAAUGGUACAAGUGAAGAAUCUGUUGAUGAGAAGUCUGAUCUGACAGCAAACACUAAUGAUAAAAGUGAAGAGAUUACUGUUGUAUCUAAAGUUAAUGAUAUUCAGGAGGAAGUUGAAGGUUCCAAAACUAAACUUGAGACAGCUGAGGUCUCACCUGAACAUGACAGAAGCCAAGAAAUAAAAGAAGGUCCAUCUAAUGUAAACAUUUGUUCAAAUAGUCAGGAUGACCAAAAAAUGGAAGAUGCAAAUGAAGUAAAUCAUGUAAAUGGUGAUGAAGUACUUGCCCCAUCUUUACCUAUUAAGACAGAUGCUGACCAAAAAGAGGAAGCCAGCAGUGUUUCUGAUGAUGGUGCAAAGGAUCUUUCCAGUGAAGAUGUAUCUUCAGCUCCACAGUCUGAUAAAGAAUCUGUCCAAAGUCUUCCCCAGGAUGAUGCUGUCAAUCCCAAUGAUAGUGCUGCUGCCCCAACAGAUGACUCUCAAAUCGGUGUACCUAGUAUCAGUGUCAUCGCUGCUGUAGAGGAAGGCAAGGAAAAAUUGGGAAAGCCUCAGUCAGGGGAAGCAGAAAUUCAAAAAGAAGUUGAUUCUGACUCUGGAAUGGGAUCCACAGCUGAUAGUGGCAGUAUGGACUUGAAUUUGUCCAUAUCAAGUUUCUUAAUUAAGAAAGGGGAAUCUGGGUCACUAUCUAUACAGGAAAAUAAAAGACAGAAGAAAACUCUGAAAAAGACUCGAAAGUUUAUGGUUGACGGAGUAGAAGUGAGUGUCACAACCUCCAAGAUUGUGACGGAUAAUGACUCCAAGAGUGAGGAGCUGAGAUUCCUCAGGCGACAAGAGCUGCGGGAACUUCGGCUGCUACAGAAAGAAGAACAGAGAGCACAACAAAUCCUUAGUAACAAAUUGUUGCAACAGAGAGAACAGAUCUUCCGACGCUUUGAACAGGAAAUGACGAGCAAAAAGCGGCAGUAUGAUCAAGACAUAGAGAAUCUGGAGAAGCAGCAGAAACAGACCAUAGAACGGCUUGAGCAAGAACACACCACUCGUCUAAGAGAUGAGGCAAAACGAAUCAAGGGAGAACAGGAUAGAGAAUUAUCCAAGUUCCAAAGUGUUCUGAAAAAUAAAAAGAAAGAGGUAAUUAAUGACGUGGAGAAAGCACCUAAAGAGCUGCGAAAAGAUCUUUUGAAACGCAAGAAAGAGGAACUUGCACAAAAGCAGCAGACUCAGGAACAAGAGUUUGUGAUGAAGCAGCAGCAAGAGUUGGAUGGAUCAUUGAAGAAGAUUAUUCACCAGCAGAAGAUGGAGCUGGCCACCAUAGAGCGAGACUGCUUGAAUCAUAAGCAGCAGCUCCUGAGAGCGCGGGAAGCAGCAAUUUGGGAACUUGAAGAACGCCACCUGCAAGAAAAGCACCAGCUGCUGAAACAGCAACUAAAGGAUCAGUAUUUCAUGCAGAGACACCAGUUACUGAAGAGACAUGAAAAGGAAAUGGAGCAGAUGCAAAGAUACAACCAGCGAUUAAUAGAAGAACUGAAAAAUAGACAAACUCAGGAGAGGGUACGGCUGCCAAAAAUUCAGCGAAGUGAUGCCAAGACUCGUAUGGCUAUGUUUAAAAAGAGUCUAAGAAUUAAUUCAGCUGGAUCUCCAGAGCAGGACAGGGAGAAGAUAAAACAGUUUGCCGUCCAAGAAGACAAACGACAAAAGAAUGAGAGGUUAACUCAGCACCAGAAACAUGAAAACCAAAUGCGAGAUUUACAGCUUCAGUGUGACGCCAACAUCCGGGAGCUACAGCAGCUACAGAAUGAAAAAUGCCACCUGUUAAUAGAACAUGAAACACAAAAGCUGAAGGAAUUGGAUGAAGAGCAUGGCCAAGAGCUGAAAGAAUGGAGAGAAAAGCUAAGACCGCGGAAAAAGGCACUUGAAGAAGAGUUUGCAAGAAAACUUCAAGAGCAAGAAAUGUUUUUUAAAUUGUCUGGAGAGUCAGAAUGCCUUAACCCUUCAUCACACAGCCGGAUUUCUAAAUUCUAUCCUAUCCCAAGCAUGCAUUCUGCUGGCUUUUAACUGUGUCAUUUUUAGAGAAUGUUUUAUAUACUUUUAUCAGCCAUGUCCCUUUUGGAACCUUUUAAAAUAAAC